GUCCCCAACAACCAACGAUGGGUGAUGUGGUCAUUGUCACUGCGCCAGAGAAUGCCACAGUGGUGGUUGGUGAGACUGUUGUGAUGGAGUGUGUUGCAUCGGCAAAUCCCACCCCUUUCAUCUCUUGGAUACGGGAAGAUGGGAAUCCCAUUUCUACAGAUGUGAUUGUGUUAGGACGGACCAACCUCGUGAUCCUUUCUGUUCAGCUUCAUCACGCAGGAGUCUAUGUAUGCCGGGCCAACAAACCCCAAACCAGACAGUUUGUAACAGCUGCAGCUGAGCUCCGAGUCCUUGCUCCUCCUACCAUCUCCCAGGCACCUGACACCAUUUCUCGCACCCGGGCCAGCACUGCCAGGUUUGUCUGCAAAGCGGAAGGAGAGCCGCUGCCCACCGUCCACUGGACGAGGAAUGGAAAGCGACUUCUGCCUAAAGGACGGGUUAAAAUCCAGGGCAGCGGUACCCUAGUCAUCAAUCAGAUUGGCUUGGAUGAUGCGGGCUACUACCAGUGCGUGGCUGAAAAUCCCCUGGGCAUGGCCUGUGCUACAGCCAAGUUGGAGGUGAUUGUGCGGGAAGGUCUGCCUAGCCCUCCGAAGAGAGUAUCGGCGAGUUCUCUCUCCAGCACCGCCGUCUUGGUAUCCUGGGAACGGCCCGAGUCCAAUAGUGAGCAGAUCAUUGGAUUCUCUCUUCAUUACCAAAAAGCCUUGGGUGCUGACAACGUGGAAUACCAGUUUGCGGUGAAUAACGACACCACGGAGUUUUCGGUGAAAGACCUGGAGCCCAACACCAACUAUAUCUUCUACGUGGUGGCCUAUUCCCAGCUUGGAGCGAGCCGGACCUCCCCAUCCAUAAACGUGCAAACCUUGGAAGAAGUUCCUGGUGGAGCCCCUCAGCUUUCUCUUUCCAGUACAACUCUAACUGACAUCAAGGUGACAUGGCUGCCUCUCCCUUCAGAACUGACCAACGGAAAGAUCAUUAAGUACAAAAUUGAGUAUGCUGCUCUCAAGGAAGACCUGAUUUCUUCAACCGAGCUCAGUGGGAAUGAAACACAGCUAGUGCUUUAUGGAUUACAGCCCAAUAAAGUCUACAAAGUUCGGAUUGCAGCAAGCACCAGUGUGGGCUAUGGGGCUCCAUCGGAAUGGACGCCGCAUCGCACUCCAAAUCGGGACAACCAAACGCAUGUUCCCUUUGCCCCAACUGAGUUAAUGGUCCAAGCCAAAAUGGACUCGCUGUUGAUAACUUGGCAGCCUCCACCCAACCAUGGCCAAAUUUCAGGCUACAAGCUGUAUUACCGAGAAAUACCCACUGAGGCGUCACCCAUGGAGAUCCCUUCAGAAGGCCCAGGGAACCGUCUUUGGAAUGUCGGACCCAUAAAACUGAAGAAGAAAGUGAAGCAACACGAACUGAGACAAUUAGUCCCUGGGCAGCUUUAUGAAAUCAAGCUGGUAGCUUUCAACAAACAGGAAGAUGGCUAUGCGGCUGUAUGGAAAGGCAGGACCGAGCGAGCACCUGUAACAGCAGCUGAUCUUCCAGUUCAGAAAGGUCCCCCACCACCUCCUGGCCAUCUCCAUGUUGAUUCCAAUAGUUCCACAACAGUUUGGUUGCGGUGGAAGAAACCCGACUUCACCACCACGAAGAUUGUCAACUACACAGUCCGUUUCAGCCCCUGGGGGUUAAAGAAUGCCUCGCUUGUGAUGUAUUACACAAGCUCUAAAGAGGAUGUGCUUAUUAGCGGACUGAAACCCUUCACGAGAUACGAGUUUGCGGUGCAGUCCAACGGUGUCGGGAUGGACAGUCCGUUUGGAAAUGUGGUGGAAUGCUUCACCCUCCCAGACAGGCCCUCGACUCCCCCCUCUGACCUGCGGCUACACCCGAUCAACCCAAACGCGGUCCAGCUUCACUGGUGUCCCCCCUUGGAACCGAACGGCAUCAUUGUGGAAUAUGUCAUCCUCUACAAUGCCAACUUCACCCAGCCGGACGAGAUGUGGACUCUGUUGACCAAAGAGGGCAGUACCUUCAGCGCUGAAGUUAACGGACUGGAGAGCGACACCAGAUAUUUCUUCAAGAUGGGAGCCAAGACAGUCGUAGGAUCAGGACCCUACUCUAGCGUGAAAGAUGUGCAGACCUUGCGGGAGGGACUCACAGAUAUCUUAGUUCAUUCUGUCACCGGGGUCACGGUAGCAAUUUGCCUGCUUUGUAUUGUCUUCUGUGCCUGCGCCAGCUUUCGCAACAAUAACCUGAGGAAAUCUGUGCCUGGUUUGGAUUCCCAAGCUUCAGGAGGCCAUACGUAUCACCACCGGAACCGGCAGGCAGCAGCGCCCCUAUCGGUGAUCCCAUCAACUUCUCAUGAAAUGGAGUCCCUUAUGGCUCCCCUCUCGGAUGGUGCCCCCUCACCUCCGAGCGACUGUGCAGAGCUGACUGAAGCCCAUGGUCUCAUCCGUGCUAGUCCUCUGGAGGACAGUGUGGGCCACAUUCCAAUAAAGCCUCCGUGGGGGAAACCUCUGAACAGCUGGACAAGCGGCAUCGCUGGCUACGGAGUCUCAAUUCCAAAAGAGCCCACCAUGGCUUUGAAUGGAUCACUGAAGAUGGUCUCCAAUGGUGGACAGAAGCUCUUGUUGCAAGCUCUGGUUUACGAGGUUGUCACGAAUGAAGCAAAAAAGGAGCACCCGCCCAGUAGCCUCAAUCAACUGGAAGCUGAGGUCAUUGUCCAUUCGGAUUUCUUAGCCUCCAACCGAGAUUGUGGUUCCCAACUCCACAUGCUGGACCUGGAACGGACUCCCUGUGAGGAUGGUGAGCCAGAACCAUUCCCCAUGGAAGACCUACCUGAACAGGUUUCUUAUACCUCCUCUCAGCAGGAUCUCAGUGUUAUAUCCCGGGACCGAGAUGACCAGAGUGAGCCUGAAGCAGCGGAUACGUUGCUAAAGAUCAAGAAAGAGCCACUCUGCAACCGCUACGGAGAAUCGGUGAACUUCAUACCAAUCAUGAGUUAA